UCGGACGGGCCGGCCCCGGCGCCGCGCACGGUGGACGCCUGGCUGGUGCCGCUCUUCUUCGCCGCGCUGAUGCUGCUCGGCCUGGCUGGGAACUCGCUGGUCAUCUAUGUCGUCUGCCGCGACAAGCAGAUGCGGACCGUCACCAACUUCUACAUCGCCAACCUGGCCGUCACGGACCUGACCUUCCUGCUCUGCUGCGUACCCUUCACGGCCCUGCUGUACCCGCUGCCCGCCUGGGUGCUGGGCGACUUCAUGUGCAAGUUCGUCAACUACAUCCAGCAGGUCUCGGUGCAGGCCACGUGCGCCACGCUGACAGCCAUGAGCGUGGACCGCUGGUACGUGACUGUGUUCCCGCUGCGCGCCCUGCACCGGCGCACGCCCCGCCUGGCGCUGGCAAUCAGUCUCAGCAUCUGGGUGGGCUCGGCAGCGGUGUCAGCACCAGUGCUGGCCCUGCACCGCCUCUCGCCAGGGCCACGCACCUACUGCAGCGAGGCCUUCCCCAGCCGCGCCCUGGAGCGCGCCUUCGCGCUCUACAACUUGCUGGCGCUCUACGUGCUGCCGCUGCUCGCCACGUGCGCCUGCUACGGCGCCAUGCUGCGCCACCUGGGCCGGGCCGCCGUGAGCCCUGCGCCUGCAGCCGGCGCCCUGCAGGGGCAGCUGCUGGCAGAGCGCACGGGCGCAGUGCGAGCCAAGGUAUCCCGGUUGGUGGCCGCGGUGGUCCUGCUGUUCGCAGCCUGCUGGGGCCCCAUUCAACUCUUCCUGGUGCUGCAGGCGCUGGGCCCUGCGGGUGCCUGGCACCCGCGCAGCUACGCCGCCUACGCGCUCAAGAUCUGGGCUCACUGCAUGUCCUACAGCAACUCGGCACUGAACCCACUGCUCUACGCCUUCCUGGGCUCCCACUUCCGACAGGCCUUCCGCAGAGUGUGCCCCUGCGCCCACCGCCGCUCCCGGCGCCCCUGCCGGGCCGGGCCCUCAGACCUCGCCGCCCCCCACGCCGAGCUGCACAGCCUGGCGGCCCACCCGGCCCCCAUCAGGACGCCAAGGCUGAGCAGCAGUGGGCUGUGUGUCCUGAGGCAAGAUACAGGCCCUCUCUGAGCCGACUGCCAGAGGUCCGGGCUGCCUGAACAGGGCCUCCCCUUGUUAAUCGGUUUAUUGUUGUUAC